CUCAAAAGUCUAUCAUCCCUCUUCGACAGGGACAGUAGCUUGGCAGACGGUCACACGCGCAGUAAAACUCAGCAGGGUACCAUUGGGACAGCUUCGUGAGUCUCGCCUCCUUCAGCCUCUCUCAGUGGGCUCGGUGGCGAGCCUUAGCUGCGCGACUUUGUAUGCUUUCGAGAAGCCGCGAAAGAGGCUUCAAGCACUUCAGGGUGUAUCUCGUGGGACGGGGACUCUAUGUUUGUGAAUGCAAGGCGGAUGGCCGAUUAGUGUUGAGUGGAUAUGACGAUGAAAAGGUCGAUCUCCGCCAGGAUGAUUAUGCUGACACACUUUCCCGCUGCCACUCUUUGCUCAUGAUCCCAUCAACCUUUUUCCUCUCUUGUACUAUCACAGAUCACUGUUUCUCAAUAUCAAGUAACCUCGGCUCUUGAUCUCACAUCUACCGCUACAAGCGUACUCCUUUCACACGCUUUAUUGUCAUCGACCAUGGUCGCUGUGGCCGGGCCCAAACCUUCUGGGGCGAAAUUCGGUCAGAGUAUCGUCCCUAACCUGAACAUCCGCCAAGUCUGCCCAAAUUGCAGGACGGACCCUCCCAAUAUUGUCGAAGAAUAUUCCAAGGGUGACCUGGUCUGUGCCGAUUGCGGAACAAUCUUGGGUGACAGGAUUGUCGACACCAGAAGUGAAUGGCGUACUUUUGCGGGCGAUGAGAAUGGUGAUGACCCCUCACGUGUUGGUGAUGCCGGGAACCCGCUUCUAGGAUCCAAUCAUCUCGAUACUAUCAUUUCGCACAAAGAUGGCCGGACUGGUAUCGCGCGAGACCUUAACCGUGCCCAGGCAAGAGCCAACACUUUGGGAAACGGGAUCUACGGCAAGACCAAUGCCGCCCAGCUCUCUGCUGUUUUCUCGCGCAUCGGCGAAAAGUGCGACGCCAUGCAGCUCCCCCGAAGUGUGCGCGACCGAGCUCAGCAUGUGUACAAGAUGGUAGAUGAAGCAAAGACCAUCAAGGGAAAGAAUGAGGCAGCUGUGAUUGCGGCUUGCAUCGUCUACGCUUGCCGAGACGCAAAAGUCCACCGAACUUUCCAAGAAGUCGGCAAAGCGCUCAAGAUCACCAAGAAGGAGCUUGGCCAUGUUUUCAACAUUGUCAAAUCUACCGUCCAGUCGUCGUCAAAGGGCUCCAUGGAGUCUGUUCAUGGUUUCAACAAUGCUCAAGAGUCUGUGGAAGGUCUUCUGGGCCGUUUCACCAACUAUCUCGAUCUCGGCAAUGCCAUCUACAAUGUCUCCAAGCAUAUCUCCGGUGAAGCUGUUGCAAAGAGUGCCAUAGACGGCCGUAGCCCCGUGUCUAUCGCGGCAGGCGUAUUGUACUUUACCUGUGUUCUCUUGGGGAAACCUGUUACCGCAAAGGAGAUCUCGGUUAUGGGCGGCGUGUCAGAGUCAACUACCAAGCUAAUCACAAAAAUGGUUGCUACCAAGGUUGACGACGUCAUCCGUCCAGAAUGGAAAAACGAGUAUCCUGACGGCUACGCUGCUCUUGCGCAGUUGGGGAGGGCUGCCGACAUCAAAAACUCUCGAAGUGGCACCCCCAACCGUAGCGUUGAGAAGAAGCCGGAGUUGGAUGAUGGUGUGAAGGGCGAGAGCGACCAGAAAUGAAAGGUAGCUGGGUGGACAAUACGCUUGGGGUCUUUGCGAACAGGUUCCCAUCGUCGAGCCAAAAAAAAAAAAUGUUCUUCCAUUGUUGUACCACCAAAGGCUCUUCUGCCUAUCUCUUUCAGCCAUGGAUCUGAUAUCAAUUCCAUGCAGUAUAUGUAUGCCUUUUCCUGAAACA